AUCCAACUAACUGAAAUGGACAUUGAAGCGGCCAAGAAUGAGAUGACUUGCUGCUCGUCCAAUUCAUCUCUAUCAGAUUUCAACACUUUGCCCAGAUGCCCGAAUCGUGUUGGCUCUAUCACUGUUAUUCUGGGGCCAAUGUUCAGUGGCAAAACCACCGAACUUCUUCGUCUUCAUGAUCGUCAGAUAAUUGCAAAAAGAACAUGUGUUCUUGUCAAGUAUGCAGGAGACACUCGUUACGAUGCCGAUCUCGUGGCUACUCAUAGCAAGAUGACUGGCCAGGGACGGACUGUCAAGGCUCAUCGUCUCUCUGAAGUUCAAUCUCAGAUCUUCAACGAUGAGGUUCAAGUCGUUUCGAUUGACGAGGGACAGUUCUUUGAAGAUCUCGCCGAAACUUGCGAAGAACUUGCUCAAAGAGGGAAAGUUGUUUGUGUCGCUGCACUCAAUGGAACAUUCGAGAGAAAGCCGUUCCCACAAAUUUCUUUGCUACUUCCGUACGCGAAUGAAAUCAAGCAAGUUACCGCUGUAUGUGUCGAAUGCGGAUCGCAAGCAAACUUCUCAUUCCGCAGCACAUUGGACAAAAAGGUUGAGGUGAUCGGAGGUUCGGACACUUAUACAGCUCUCUGCAGAGAAUGUUAUGUUCAAAAGAGCGAAGAAAAAGAUGCUGAAGAACAGAUGAAAACUGGUUGUGAUAAGAACGAAAACGAUAUUACUGGGAUUUUCUUGGCGAAAAAAGAGCAAAGAUCUGAUGGAUCCGUGUCUCCUCCACGAAAGAAAAUCGGAUUGAGCAAGUCAAUGGCUCUGGAGGCCACAGCUCGGACUUAAUGUCUUAUCUAAAUACUUGUCUGUAACUCACAUACACACCUGAUUUCCUUGCUCACUUUAUUUCACUUUCUUGUAAACUUUCACUUCUGGUACAUUUUCUCUAUAACCUGAUUUUUGUUAACUAACUCAUUCCUUUUUUCUAAUCUCUCAAAAACUAAAACUUCAUAACUGCAUAUUUAUUAUUGAAUAAAGUUCUAAACG